UGGUAAAUCAUCUUAUGAAAGAAACUUUUGUUCACUUUCACAUUCAGCUGAGAGAUUCUGAGCUCUGAAGACACUCAGACAUUUAACAGAUCAACAGCUCACUGCUCACACUGCAGACAUGAAGGCUGUGAUCCUGUUUGCUCUUUUGAGUGGGGUUUUUGCCGCCCCGUUCAUGAAAGAGGAGGAAGCGAAGCGAUUCAUCAGGCUGAAGAGACAGUCAGGAUACUGGGAUCCACACCACUCUCAGAACCAGUGGGGUUACACCAUUCAAGAACAGGCUAACGAGUACUGGACGGCCAUUCGAACAGAUGCUCAGUACUACAUGGACAUGAGUAACCUGAUGUUUGACCGCUCUGUUGCUACUGAAAACAACAGGUUGUAUAUGGAGAUGCUGCGGAAUGCAAGAGCUCACCUGGACAGCCAGACAGGUCAGCACAGAAAAUGAAGAAGAGGAAAACUGAGGACAUGAUAAUUACUACAAUCUAUACUGUAUCUCUAUUAAGAGCACAUUACAAUAGUGAAAUAGUUACAGUUAAAAAACUACAUGUACUGUACUACUGUACUGCAUUCUUAAACAAACACUAACCCAAGUAUCAAGGCUCCUUUUCCACGAUAAAAUAAAUAAACACAUGUAAAAUCCAACAAUGAGUACUGAGAAUCCUUAAUAUCAAACCAGCAUUAUACCAGGGAGUAAAAAUGGGCAUGUAGAGGUUUUGGAUUUAUAUGUUCAUAAUCUUUCACUGAUAUAUUUUUAUGAUGGUUAGAUGCUGCAGUUGUGUAAGAUUUAUGUUUUAUAUAUUCAUAUUUUUUUGUUUUAUGAAAAUGUUCUCUUAUUACCUGCAAUCAAACAUUUUAUUCAAUAAAAGGCAAAUGAAACUGUG